CUGGGACUCAGGCUGGCGACCAUGGCGCUCCGCUGGGGCAUCGUGUCAGCCGGCCUUAUCUCCGGCGACUUCACGAAGGUGCUGCAGUCGCUGCCUCGCUCCGAGCACCAGGUGGUGGCGGUGGCAGCCCGCGACCUGAGCCGGGCGAAGGAGUUUGCACGGAAGCAUGACAUCCCCAAGGCCUACGGCUCCUAUGAGGAGCUGGCCAAGGUCCCGAACGUGGAGGUGGCCUACAUCGGCACCCAGCACCCCCAGCACAAGGCGGCAGUGCUGAUGUGCCUGGCGGCGGGCAAGGCGGUCCUGUGCGAGAAGCCCCUGGGCGUGAACGCGGCGGAAGUCCGUGAGAUGGUGGCCGAGGCCCGAUCCCGAGGCCUCUUCCUUAUGGAGGCCAUCUGGACUCGCUUCUUUCCUGCCUCAGAAGCUCUGAGGUCUGCUUUGGCCCAAGGAGCUCUGGGGGACCUCCGGGUAGCUCGGGCAGAAUUUGGGAAGGACCUCACCCACAUACCCCGGGCCAUAGACUGGGCCCAGGCUGGUGGUGGCCUGCUGGACAUUGGCAUCUAUUGCAUCCAGUUCAUCUCCAUGGUCUUCGGUGGGCAGAAGCCAGAGAAGAUUACAGCAAUGGGAAGGCGCCAUGAAACAGGUGUGGACGACACUGUGACCGUGCUGCUCCAGUAUCCAGGCGGGGUCCAUGGCAGCUUCACUUGCAGCAUCACUGCCCAGCUCUCCAACACUGCCUACGUGAGCGGAACCAAGGGCAUGGCUCAGAUCCUCGACCCCUGCUGGUGCCCAACAGAGCUGGUGAUGAAGAAGGAGCAUAAGCAGUUCCCGCUGCCCCCAGUCCCCAACGACUGUCAUUUUGACUACGGGGCAGGCAUGAGUUACGAGGCCAAGCAUGUCCGGGAGUGCCUGCGCAAGGGCCUGAAGGAAAGUCCUGUGAUUCCCCUGGCAGAAAGUGAGCUCCUGGCUGACAUCCUUGAGGAGGUGAGGAAGGCCAUCGGCGUCACCUUCCCCCAGGACAAACACUGAUGUAUGCUCUGAGAAAAUAAAGACAUGGUUUCCACAGAGA